AUGUUACUCUGCGGUAUUAUCGACAAACUGCAGAGAUCGACUUUGGGAACAGGCCCUCUAUUAUUCUUCUUCUGCCAGGCCAUCGACGAGCGGAUCAACAAUGCCUCCGCCAUCCUACGCGGCCUCAUCUACAUGCUCCUCGACCAGCAGCCGUCCCUAAUUCCUCACGUGCGGAAAAAGUACGAGCAUGCAGGAAAAGCACUCUUCGAAGAUGCGAAUCGAUGGGUUGCUUUAUCUGAGAUUUUAAAAAACAUUCUGCAAGACCCAAGCCUGAAGGGCGCCUACCUAAUCAUCGAUGCGCUCGACGAAUGCAUAAGCGGUCAGCGAGAACUUCUCAAAUUUAUUGUCGAGAUGACAUCUAAGGUUCCUCAUGUCAAGUGGAUCGUCUCCAGUCGCAACGAGCCGGACAUCAAGGAAAGUCUAAAAGCCGUGGAGACAAUGCUCGAUCUCAAGCUAAACGAAAAGUCCGUCGCGUCUGCUGUCAGCAUAUAUAUUCAAUACCAGGUAGAUGAACUAGCGAAGCUAAAGGGAUACGACGACAAAACAAAGCGUGCUGUUCAAAAACACUUGACCAGCAAUGCAGAGAAUACAUUCCUCUGGGUGGCUUUGGUCUGUCAAGAACUCACGAAGUACUCAAGGUCAAGGGUUCUUACUAAGUUGAACACGUUUCCACCAGGUCUUGGUUCUCUCUACCAACGAAUGAUGGCUCAACUUCGCUGCUCGGACGAGGCAGAUCUCUGCAAACAAGUGCUGGCUGUCCUCUGCAAUACUUACCGGCCUAUUACGAUACAAGAGCUGACGUCGUUCAUUGACAUAUCUGAGGACAUCUAUGACAAUCUAGAAUUCUUGACAGAGAUAGUAGGACUCUGCGGCUCUUUUCUGACCAUUCGAGAAUCCACUAUCUAUUUCGUGCAUCAAUCGGCAAAGGAGUUUCUGUUGAAAGACGCAGUGGACGAGAUUUUCCCUUCUGGUGUGGCACUCUUACACUACGAUAUCUUCUCUCAGUCGCUACAUGUCAUGUCCACGGCCUUACGACACGACAUGUACGGCCUGGCUACCCCCGGAUUUCCCAUCGAAAAUGUCAACCAGCCUAACCUUGACUCGUUAGCAGCCGCACACUAUGCUUGCGUCUACUGGGUUGAUCAUCUCUACGAUUGGCAGUCGAGCAAGAAUACCAAUCACCCAGAUGUUUUCCGGGAUGGCGGUGUCAUCGAUGACUUUCUGAGGCAGCACUAUCUCCACUGGCUUGAAGCUCUCUCACUUUGCAGGAGCAUGUCGCAGGGGGUGUUGUCAAUGGCGAAGCUAGAGAGCAUUCUUCAGUACCUCGUCGAGCAGCAGGCCGAUAAGGAGGCGAAGGAUAAUGAGGACCGGAGGCCGCUCUACCAGACCGCCGCGGCCGGGCACACGGCCACCGUCCAGUACCUCAUCAUGUAG